GCACGCCGUCGGCGGGCUCUUUAGUAGUAACCGUGGAAGUACUCGGGUCGGCCGUAGUUUGUCGUUGGUCGAGUAGGCGCGAGACGUGCAUAGUUUCGUGAUCGCUAUUUAACAGUGAAGAUCGGAUUAAAAUUAAUCUGGUCCACGCCAAAAGCUGAGUUUUUCCCGCAAGCAAUCGGAAUUCGACAACAAGCUAACAUGCGGAAAAACAUGAGGUGUUAGUACAACGCGGAAGUCAAAGACUUAAGGACACGGCCGUCGAUAUGAAGAGGACGGCGAGGAUGGUCUUGCUGAUCCACGUUCUAGUGGGUUUAUGGCCGGCCGUCAGUAGUUCUAAGUUUGCCAUGGACGAGUUGCUUAACUCGAUUUUCCCGAAGAAGAUAUCGAAAGACAUCGAUUUGGACCCUUGCAAAGCUGGAAGUUUUAUGGGUGAUAUAGCCGUGCCUGGAGUUGAUUAUGGCGAUAAAAAAGAAAAGAACCGACAAGCGUAUGCGGAAAAAGUGGAAAAAUAUAAGAAAGAAAUUAAUGAAGGACUCCAAAUCGAAGAAGAGGGCAUCAUACAAGGGACAAAAAAAGUUGCCGACGUACCACAAAUUAAGAUCAGACACAGGCAUAACAAUAAGACAAGAAAAAAUAAUUUCAUAAAGAAGAAUACUGAUAAACAUAAUACGAGUACAGAUUCUUCAUUUAACAGCAAUCUAGUGCAUUCGAGAAGACGCAGGGCGGCUACUGCAAGAAAAGAGAGAGUAUGGGACUUUGGCGUUAUACCGUACGAGAUCGACAGCAGUUUCGGUGGCCCUCACAAAGCACUGUUUAAACAAGCCAUGAGACACUGGGAAAACUUCACGUGUAUCAAGUUUGUCGAACGAAACCCAGAAGAACAUCCUAAUUACAUUGUUUUCACCGAAAGGCCAUGCGGGUGUUGUUCUUUUGUCGGGAAACGUGGAAAUGGACCGCAGGCAAUAUCCAUAGGGAAAAACUGUGACAAGUUUGGCAUCGUGGUGCACGAACUUGGACAUGUGGUCGGAUUCUGGCAUGAACAUACCAGACCCGAUCGUGACAACCACGUGCAAAUCGUGAGAGACCACAUCAUAGUGGGCCAAGAGUAUAACUUCAACAAACUCACGGAGGAGGAAGUCAAUUCAUUAGGACUUGCUUACGAUUAUGAUUCUAUCAUGCAUUAUGCCAAAAACACGUUUUCGAAGGGCUCAUACUUGGAAACUAUACAUCCAAUUGACGCAAUAAGGAAUGCAAAGAAAAGACCGGAAAUAGGACAGCGAGUUCGUCUCAGCGAAGGGGAUAUCGCCCAGACAAAGCUGCUGUACAAAUGUUUCAAAUGCGGUAAAACGUUGCAAGAGAACAGUGGUAUUUUCGGUUAUUCGCCUGAGCCCGGACAAGAAUACGGUGAUCGUUGUGAAUGGCGGAUUACAGCUACACACGGUGAGCGAAUAGUGUUAAACAUCACUGAGCUGGACAUACUCAAAUCCGACCAAUGUAGCACGGAUUACUUAGAAAUCCGGGACGGCUAUUGGCAUAAGUCACCAUUGCUGGGAAGGUUUUGCGGAAACGGCCGUGUUCAAGAUUUGAUAGUGACGGCUAACAGUAGGAUGCUCAUCAGUCUCAUGAUAUCUGACAAAGGCGCCACUUUCAAAGGAUUUACAGCGAAUUACGAAGCCGUUUGCGGCGGUGAAGUCUUAGUGACUGACGAACAGGGUCAUUUGGAGUCGCCCAAUUUCCCUGACGACUAUUUGCCAAACAAGGAAUGCGUCUGGAAGCUAACAGCACCGGAAGGCUAUCAAGUCGGAUUGAAGUUCAACGUAUUCGAAAUAGAAAACCACGAUAACUGUUUCUACGAUUAUGUUGAAAUAAGAAAUGGACACAGCGCUGAUAGUCCUUUGAUAAAUAAAUACUGUGGAUACAAACUACCCUUGGACGUACAUUCCACUACAAAUAAAUUGUACAUUAAGUUCUUAUCGGACAGUUCGGUACAAAAGGCAGGAUUUUCUGCGACAUUCAUGAAAGAGUACGACGAGUGCACUUCGGUAGACCACGGCUGUGAACAAUUUUGCAUAAACACGAUGGGUGGAUACGACUGUGCGUGCAAAGUUGGCUUUGAGUUACACUCCGACAAUAAACACUGCGAAGACGCAUGCGGUGGAAUAAUCGAAGCCACUAACGGAACAAUAACGAGUCCUUCGUUCCCUGAUCUGUAUCCCGGAAACAAGAGCUGUAUUUGGGAGAUCAUAGCACCGGCGCAAUUCAAAAUAACGUUAAACUUUACCCACUUUGAUCUGGAAGGCAACAACUUGCAUCAGUCCGAGUGCGAAUACGACCGAGUGGAGGUGUACAGCAAAAUUGGAUCGGACAAACUUCGCAAGCACGGCGUUUACUGUGGACAAGAAGCGCCUUCCAUGAUAACUUCUGAAGCCAACGCGCUCCGUGUGGAAUUUGAAUCUGACAGUUCCGUGCACAAGACUGGAUUCGCUGCUGUGUUUUUUACCGACAUGGACGAGUGUUCGAUCAACAAUGGCGGGUGUCAGCAUGAGUGCAAAAACACACCGGGUUCUUAUGAGUGCACGUGUAACAAUGGUUUCACUUUGCACGAGAACAAGCAUGACUGCAAAGAAGGUGGAUGUAAACACGAGAUAUCGGCUCCUCAUGGCAAAAUCAGUAGUCCUAAUUACCCGGACGCUUAUCCCGGCCGGAAAGACUGCGUUUGGCAUUUCACUACCACCCCUGGGCACCGGAUUAAAGUGAUAUUCGAUACCUUCGAAAUGGAACCUCAUCAAGAGUGUGCCUACGAUCAUAUAGUAUUUUACGAUGGUCCUACACCGGAUUCUCAAACACUGGGAAGGUUUUGUGGCUCGAAGAGUCCACAUCCAAUUGUCUCAUCGUCAAACCAACUGUACUUGGCGUUCAAGAGCGACGCUUCGGUACAGAGAAAAGGAUUUUUGGCUACGCACAGCACAGUUUGUGGCGGCAGAUUAAUAGCAACAAACCACGUGAAACACUUGUACUCUCAUUCGAAUUACGGCGAUUUGAACUACGACAGUGACUCAAUGUGCGAAUGGACCAUCGAGGCCAAAGCCAACAUGAACGUGCACUUGACGUUUUUGACGUUCGAAUUGGAAGAGGAAAAGGAUUGUAUGUACGACUUCGUGGAAGUCUGGAGUAGCCUGGACACGAGCGGGCCGUUCUUCGGCAGGUUCUGCGGACCGACAAAUCCCACCGACGUGAUAUCGAUGAACGACGCCCUGUUGAUCCGAUUCAAAACCGACAACACUAUCGUCAGCAAAGGGUUCUCGGCAUCUUACAUCGCCGUCGAGUCCAUGACGCCCAGCUCGGAGUAUUCGUCGCAGAUAGACGAAGACGACGAUUUGCUGUACAAGAAAACCAAAACCAGAAACGGCCACGACAACAACGGCGAAGACGACGGUGACGACGACGACGACGAAGACGAAGACAUGCAAGCCAAGAGUCCGUGACGGAGAAUUAUUUGCCAAUACAAUUUGUUUGAGAAUAACUACUUAGUUCGCUAGCGAUUUUUUGAAUUUUACCUCUGACGCCCGACCGGUGUGUCUUUUAACUCCUAGCCUAACCGCCAUUGAAGUCAUGUGCCAAAUUAGGGACGUUCAACAUGAUAUUUUACCUAUAUUAUAUAUUGUAUCUACUACCUACUAUAUAGUAUCGAUUAUUAUAUUGACCAUACGGUUAUUGACAACAAAAAAAAAACGUGAACCGUACACGGAUAAAACCAAUACCUAAGUGUACAACGUUUCAACUUUUAUUAUUACACUAUUAUUAAAAUUAUUAUUAUUAUUAUUGUCGACUAAUUUGUGAUUCGCGAUCUCUGCCAAUUAUUUAUGAUAAUAUUAAAUUUAAAUCUGACCCACUCUGUGUGCUCCAUCAACAAUAAUAAUAUAAUCCAUUUACACGGCAAUAUUAUUAUGUCAGUGCACAUCGGUGGUUUUAGAUUUUUAAAAUAGUAUUGUUCAGCCAUUUGAUUUAGUGUAGAAUUAUCGUUUCAACGACUUAAAAAAAUCCUGACUUUCUUUAUUUCGAUUGCCAGAUAACGUCGUAGAUGUACGCCGUUUGAAUAUCGUAUUAAACUUUUGUGUGAUUUGUUUUUAAAAUUAUAAUACAACCUACAUUAAUUAUUAACUAUAAUUAUUAAAAAUAUAUUAUCGAGUCG